AUGUAUAAUCUCCUUCAACGUGCUAAUGCGAUAUUCGCAUUUGCAAUGACAGUCACAUUUGGCGUCCUCGGUGCAAUAGCGAUAGUGACGCCAUUUUUACCCUCUUCACCUUCAGCUCAAAUUAAUGUUAAAGAUAUACAAGUUAUUUCGUAUGACUAUAUGGGUCGAGGCGAUAGCGAGUUUGCAUUUGUGAAAUUGAAUCUUGAUGCAGACUUAACCUCUCUAUUCAAUUGGAAUACGAAACAAUUAUUUGUUUCCGUUGUGGCAGAAUAUGAAACUAAUUCGCACGAUAUUAACCAAGUGGUUUUGUGGGAUUCGAUCAUUCAGUCAAAAGAAGAGGCACUCAUCAAAGUCUCAGAUUUACAUAAUGAAUAUAACUUUGUAGAUAUCACAACGAGCUUCCG